AUGGCUGAUGCUAUUGUUAAUCUUGCCUUGGAGCAGCUGGUUAAAAUCGCUGCUCAAAAGAUUGAAGAAGAGGUGAGGCUGGUUGGGGAUGUCAAAAAGGAAGUGAAAAAACUUCGGAGAAAUCUUGAAGCCAUUCAAGCUGUGCUACUUGAUGCAGAGGAGAGGCAAGUGAAGGAGAAACCUGUGAAACGUUGGUUAGAUCAGCUCAAAGACACAUCCUACGACAUGGAAGAUGUGUUGGAUGAGUGGAAUACUGAAAUCACGAAACUGCAAGUGGAGGGAGAUCUUCAAAAUUCUCUUGUUCCUAAGCAGAAGGUACGUUCCUUCUUCCUUUGUCCUUGCUUUGGUAUCAAACAAGUCGUUUUACGUCGUGAUAUAGCACACAAGAUAAAAGAAUUAAAUGAAAAUCUAGAUGCUAUUGCCCAAGAAAAAGAUACAUACAGUUUUAAGGAAAUGAAGAGUAUAGAAAGAUCGGAGUGA